GCAUUAGGAACAUAUCCAGUGAACAUGACGAAGACUCAGAGGAUCCUGCUCUCAUGGUGGUUCCUGGAUCCUCAAAGUCUAUGUCCGGAGUCAGCCUGUACAAAGACUUCGUAGGCUGCCUACCUUUCCAUCUGUCCGUGAGGAUAUUGGGUCUGUUAGAGGAGGACGCUCUGGAAUGCUGCAAGAAGGUUUGUCGGUACUGGCAGCACCUUGCACAGCAAACCAUGGAGGAAAUCAAGUUCAGACGGACUUUGCAGUCUCAGAUUCAGGCCAUGACGAAGAGGCGCAGCACAGUAGUCAAUCCUACUUAUGCCAACUUUGUUGAAGUUCUGGUUCCCAUGAGGGACGGUGAGACAGAGGAUAUUUAUUCUACUGAUCAAAAGGAGAAGCCAUUUGCAGCUGCGUAUUCCAAAACCAAAACCAAAACAGUGCAAAUGGAAGAGAGGAAUGUUUAUUGUUGUGCAUAUUUUACCAAAGUGCUGCUGAGCAAGAAAGACCCUCACCGGGUGCUGGACUACAGAGGAGGAUCGCUCAUGGCCACCGGCUCAAAGGACCAUUUGGUGCAUCACAUUUAUGUGGGAUCAGAAACGAAAACCGUGGCGACGAUGAGGGGACACGUUAACAGCGUUCGGGCGGUGCUGCUCUGCGAGGACAGAGGUCUGGUGAUAACCGGAAGCUAUGACCAAAGUAUCAGGUGCUGGAGUCUGAAGACGGACAGGUGUGAGAUGGUGCUGUACGGUCACACUGGCACCAUCAACUGCCUGGAUCUUCAUGACGAUAGACUUGUAUCAGGAUCCAAGGAUUCUUUAGUCAAAGUGUGGAGUCUGCACACCGGGAAGCAAUUUGAGGACUUUAAUUUCAAACACGUCAGCCCCGUCCAGUGUGUAAAGAUCAGCAAGACAACCGUCUAUAGCAGCUGUGUUCAGGGCCUGGUCAAAAUAUGGAGCAUGGAAAAUGCGUCACUGCUCAGGGUGAUCACUGCUCACAGCAGCUCAGUGAAGUGCCUGUUCUUUGACGAAUGGCACCUUCUAUCUGGAGACUCAAGAGGAAAGGUCAUGGCGUGGAGCACCAAUUGUGAUGCGAAAGAAUGUCUCAUGACCUUCAACCACCCGAUGGAGGUAAAAUCUCUGAGCCUCUCCUACCUCCGUGUUGUUACCGGCUGUGUGGAUGGAAAGAUUUGCAUAUUUAAUUUCCUCACUGGAGGCUGUUUGAAAGAAAUCACUGCAGAGACUGAAACAGGCCAAAUACUGUCCCUGCAUUUCAAUGAGAACAGCAUAUUAGUGAACACAACAUCCAGUGUGAAGCUCUACCAGUUUGCCAAAGUGUUCUGGGAUUACGCAGAUUCAGCUCCAAGGGACCGGGAUGAUUUGGUGUCUCAGGAUGCUUUAGUUUCUGAGAAAUCUGCUGCUUUGCUCAGAAGGUUUCGUUUUACCUCUGUCGGGGCAGAUGACACAGCACAGGUGUCUUCAACAACCCAAAAGAUUUAUGGCUGUUACAGCAUGAAACCAGAAAGAGCUGAGCUGCUUUACCAGACCUGCUUCCCCACCAGACGUCAAACACAAGCCAGGGUGCACUGUGAGACUGUGAAACCGUCAGUGAUGCUAAGUGAGAAGGCAGCAAGUGAACGGAUGAAGAAGAGGGGUCCUCAUCAUCCCCUGACUCGAGACUGCCUCCUCCUCAGGGUGAAUGCCAUCCAGAAGGCACGGUGCACGGAUGAAGCUAGCGUUAACAUGGAGAGAAACGCCAGGCUGAGAGAUUCAUGGGGUCCUAAUACAACUCUCCGGAAACAGAGUCCGUGUCCACCACAGCACAAGGACGAUGUUCGUCACAGGCUGGUCAAGAUCUCCUCUGUGGUCCCCCAGUCAAGACGGAGUGAAGUCAUCAGAGUGAGCAGAGUUUGUCCUCUCCACAGAGACCUUUCACCCUGCCACCUGCCCCCUGGGCCUCGGUGCCUUGAGGGCAUCAUUAGGAACGACGAGGUUGAAGAUCAGCCGGAGAAGGUCCUCUGCUUUGACGGCAGCAGCACAACAGCUGGGCACUCGUGA